CGAGCCUUCGAGCGCAUCCCAGGCAUCUUUCCUUCCUUCGGUUUUAGUUGUAGUUGUCGCGGUGAUCUCGCGCGAGUGCAGUGCGCGCGAUAAUCUUUGCUAAAGAGUUGAUAAAAUUUCACAUAUUUUUCUCGACGGUUUUGCGACGGUUAAUACGAGAUCAACGUCGUCCUUCACGUUUUCGGUGAAGAAAUAUUACCCUAAAACCGAACAAUCCGUGAAUUUCAAUUCAAAAUUUCCCGCCACACUUUUUUUUUUAAGGACUUACGAAGCGCUCACGAGUUACACGGUGAUAAAGCGAUCGCUCGUUCUUCUGGGUGCGUUCUUCGGCAAAAACGAAAGUGUUCGCCAAAAAAAAAAAUCAAAUUUUCUUUCAUUUCGGACUAUGAAAAUUAUCUCCUGUGCGCUAUGGAUCGUAUAAAUCUGCGGAAUGCUACGUAUAAAAGUGUUUAAAAAAUUCAAUCGUUCUAGCAAUUACGUUGAGUGAAAUCGUGAUCGAUCGCUAUAUACGAAAAAUGGGCCCGUGUUUUGUGUGAGACUUUAAACUUUUGGUUAAUUUGAGAAAAAAAAAAAAACUUGUGAAAAUAGUAAUCGUCUAACGACGGAGAUCGAGCGUUCAAAAGUGACCCUAACAAUCGUGAACCCUGAUGUGCAAUAUUUUUUGAAAGAUCGUUUUGGAUUUGUUUUAUAGCCCGCCGCAGGGGGCCCAGUUUGAAAGAAGAGCGAGCAGAUUGGACGUCACGGAAUAAGCCGGCUAGCGAGCGGAAUCUGACAGCGGCCACGCGCGCGCGAUAUCGCCGGAAGGAACGAAAGAGAUCGAAGAGGAGAGGAAAAAAAUUGCCUACCGGGUUGCCGGAACCGGAAGUCUUCCCACUUCCCUAAAAACUUCGCGGGCAUCUUCGUCGCAAAAUUUUCAAAUUUGAGGAACUGUAAUUGUAAAAAUUAAGGAAACGCAGUGGUCAGCGGAACGUUUCGAAAGAGGGAUUACAGUGUCUGCAGAUAUUGACAGAACCAUAGCCUUGUAUUUUGAAAACUAUAAAAACUAAUAAAAGUUUUGUCGAACUUUUUGUAAAAUUGAUAAAUUCAAAAUUGACGAUUCUUCGGGAUUCCGUACCUCGAUCAUCGAUCUCUUCGCAUCCGUCGAUCUGGAAAUCUGGCGGCUCUCUAUUCCACACUCAUGAGUGACAAUCUGUUACUUUUAUCAUAAAGUAAUAGCUGCCGAUGUUGUAACAACGUCGCGAUAUCGUCAUCAUGACGUCACGAGGCUACAUUAGACUAGCGAUUCUUGCGAUACUUGGAGUUGCUGUUACUGAUUCCCGAGAAGUUCAUCUAGAUUUGAUAAAUCCCGACGUGAUCGUCGACGUUGGAGAGAAACUACGUUUGAGAUGUUCGCCGAGGUUUACUUCCGAUACGUCUUGGUACAAAAAUGACGUUGCGUUCAGAUCGCCGUCGUCAAGGGUUCGCGUGAUGAAACAAUGGAUAAAAUUUAAAACGGUCGAACUUGGAGAUACAGGAAUAUACGGAUGCAAAGUAGUUACGAGAAAAGCUGUCGAAUGGAGAAACGUUUCAGUGACGGUAGAAAGUCCGGUCGAAGGUGUUCAAAGAGACGAACCGUUCAAACCACUGGAUCUCGCGCUCGAAGCACAGAGACCGGCGGAAGAAACGAACGAGCUAGGAAUGAAAGGGGCGAGAAAUUUGCCAGUUUCUCUUUCCCUGCACCUGGACACGGACCAAGACAACGAUAAGGUAGACGAGACUGAGGUGGGACUCCAUAACAAAACCGCCGCACUGAGUCCACCACAUUUUACGAAACCGGAUCAAAACUACAAAGUGGUGGCCAAGCCUGCCGGUAGUACACUGAAACUCAAGUGUCCGAGCGAGGGAAACCCUGCUCCGAAUAUCACAUGGUACAAAAACAACGAUGUGCCAAAAAGAACGUUGGGCAUUGUUAAAAUGAAAGGGUGGCUACUCAUCAUUGAAGAUCUCGUCCUUCAAGACGGUGGAAACUACACUUGCGUAGUGUGUAACACUCAAGGGUGCAUCAACCAUACUUCCAAGGUCGACGUUAUCGAGAGAUUCCCGCACAAGCCGUACGUCGCCCCUGGCUUCCCCGAGAACAUCACCGUAGAGCUGAACAGCAAUGCCGAAUUCAAAUGCGAAAUCAUGUCAGAUUUGGAGCCCUAUAUUCAGUGGUUAAGAGUAACCGAACCUCCCCCAGAAGACACGGAAUCGCCCAACGGGACUAUACUUAAGGCCGGAGACAUAACUAAUCCGGACAAACUAGAACUUUUCAACGUUACCCAGGAGGACGAAGGCUGGUAUACGUGCAUAGCCGGAAAUGCCCUUGGAGUUGCUUUCAGCAGCGCGUAUCUCCGAGUCGUUGAAUCGCUGGACACCGACCAUCCUCGUAUGCCGCUGACCGCACGGCCUCAAUCCGUCCUAGUGAACAUCCUGGCCGGUGUUUUGUGCGCUUCGUUUCUACUGGGGAUAGUAAUAGUCGUUAGCAUUUUCCGUCGUCUUAAACGAGAGAAAAUGAAGAAAUUACUAGCAAUAGAAACUGCGAGAGCGGCGGUAGUAACGCAGUGGACAAAGAAGGUCAUUGUCGAGAAGCAGCACCUGGCGAACGGUCAGAAUGUACAGGAGCCACUUUUAAUGCCGGUGGUUAAAAUUGAGAAGCAAAAGUCGACCGCCACCGCGGAAGACAGCUCGGGUGGAAGCAUUUCGGAGUACGAAUUGCCACUGGACAGUGCCUGGGAACUUCCUAGGGAACAUCUAGCUCUCGGCAACACUUUGGGCGAGGGGGCUUUUGGAAAAGUUGUCAGAGCACAGUCGAACGCCCUUAAACCGGGAAUCCCAAGCGUCGUAGCGGUCAAAAUGCUCAAGGAGGGACACACGGACGCGGAAAUGAUGGAUUUGGUAUCGGAAAUGGAGAUGAUGAAGAUGAUCGGUAAGCACGUGAACAUUAUAAAUCUUUUGGGGGCCUGCACCCAAGGCGGACCAUUGUACGUUGUCGUUGAGUUCGCUCCGCACGGAAACCUACGGGACUUCCUCCGCGAGCACAGACCGAGCUCGGGGUACGAACCGACUAUUGGUCAGGAAACGAAAGAGCGAAAGACUCUGACACAAAAAGAUCUGGUAUCAUUUGCAUACCAGGUUGCCAGAGGUAUGGAAUACCUCGCGAGCAGACGUUGCAUCCACAGGGAUUUGGCAGCGAGAAACGUCCUCGUCAGUGACGAAUACGUCCUGAAAAUCGCCGAUUUCGGACUCGCCAGGGACAUUCACUGCCACGAUUACUACAGAAAAACUACUGACGGAAGGUUACCCGUAAAGUGGAUGGCUCCCGAAGCUCUGUUUCACAGAGUUUACACCACUCAGUCCGACGUGUGGUCGUACGGAAUUCUGUUGUGGGAAAUAAUGACUCUGGGCGGUACGCCGUAUCCCUCGGUUCCGUCCGUUGAGAAAUUGUUCCAGCUAUUAAGAUCUGGACACCGAAUGGAAAAACCUCCGUGCUGUUCCAUUGAGAUAUACAUGCUCAUGAGGGAUUGCUGGAGUUAUCAACCAAACGAACGACCAAUGUUUGGUGAAUUGGUCGAGGAUCUCGACAGGAUAUUAACGAUAACUGCUAACGAGGAAUAUCUGGAUCUGGGUUUACCACAGCUGGACACGCCGCCGUCAAGUCAAGAAUCCAGCGAGGCGGAUGACGAUGACGACGACGACUGCGAGGAAAAGUUUCCCUACUUGUUGUGAAUGACUCCAGAUUGACUACGUUCCUGCAAUUAAUUGCACAGCGAUUAGAGAAAAUCAGAAACUGUAAAGCAUGACAAGGGAUUGACUAUGUAGUGAACAAAAAAUGACACUACGAAUCCUUAGAGAUUUUACGAGUCGAAGAUAUUGCGUCGUUCGGUGAAAAUUCGCUGACCGAUAGUGAAAACGCCAAAUGAUAGAAAUCAGUAUUGACCAAUAACGCGUAUUCUGUAGAGUUUAAGGUAGAAAUGACGAUGAGAAAAAUAAGCAACGAAGGAAUAACUAUUAUUAUUAUAUUGCCGCAACAUGACGAUGUGGAGGCGAGCGAUGUAUCAUUCUUAUCACUUUGCAUAGAACGCGAAUUUUCGUAUCAAUAAUAACAGUAGGUAUAUGAUAUUGACAAUUAUAAAUAUAAUAAUUUUAAUAAUAACAUUGUGCCAUGACCGCGUGCCUUUUGUUACCAGUUUGUAAACUACCUAAAGUUUCAUCGUUACGAAAAAAUAUAAAUGAUCAAACCACACGUAUUUUUGUAAAGAAUUUACACAGACGUCGUAUUACAAUCGACAUGAUUUGAUGGGACAAAUAAAAAAAGCUAUAAUCGCCUGCAGUUGAUAUACUUUGAUUCGAAUCAUCGAGUUGACUGCGGCACGAAAUAUUAAUCAUACAUUUUCAAAUCAAAUAAAUUCUAAUAGGUAUGAUAUUGUGUUUGUAACUAGUCAAUUUAUAAAUUCAAAGUUUUGUACGAUAGAGUUUAGAAAUAAUAUGUAAUAUUUCUACAUGCCUAGUUUAAUAAUUAUAUCAUAAGUGUGAUCCUGUAAAAGUGUAUACAUGAAAUUCGUUGGAGAAGAAACAGAACAGAAAAGGUGAGGAUGAACAAAGAAAACGAAAAAUAAGGUAUGAUGAGGUUUAUCAUAUCAUUUUCAAACUAUGAAUCCACGCGUUGAUUUUCAACGUCGUCCGAAGUAUUUAGAAAGCAUUCAAAAUGUAUAGUAUAACGGUUUACUACAAUACUAUUAUGGAGUAAUAAUAAUUAACAUUAGAUAAUUUAUUAUAAUUGUAAAAUAAUUACGCGUAGCAAUAUAUAAAUUUGAAAAACAUUUUUUUUUGUUUUAUAUUUUUGGAAUAUCAAUUUAAGUAUACCUUUAAUGUUAUGAGAUGUGCUAUGCACAACCCUGCGAAUUGAAUACAUAUAUAAUAUAUGUGUAUCGAACUUUCAUUGAAAAUAUAGAAUAUAUUAUUAUAUUAUAUAAGAAGAAGGAAAACUUGUAAAAAAAAGUUAUAACAAUAGGUUCAUACAAUAGACAUAGUUCUAUGUUUAAAAACAACGUGUAAAUAGUAUUGAUUUGUUUAUUAUUUAAAUGAAAGGGAAUAGAAAAAAAAUAAAAUUAAAAAAAAAAUGAUUGUUUAUCCAUGUGCCUUAGCGAUAACCAGUAAAUAAAAAAUUGCAAAAUGCAAAAAUAAUUAAAUAAUGUAUGUUUCGUGUAAACGAAUUAUUGUAAACGAAUUGCAAUUUUAAUAAAUCAAAUAUAUGUA